AUACAAAAUCCAAUAUUAGAACAAUGUUAGAAUUACAAAACAAAACAAAAUGAUGUUAAAUCGAACUCAGUGCGUAAAAUGAUUUAACAAUGAGGUGAUUGGUUACUAUCAAAAUGGCGAUGGUGAUAUCUCAAACGACUAAAGCUGCGAUCGGCGGAUUCCUGGCUCUGAUGAUCUUGGGCGCUGUGCUGGUGGUGGGAGCUGCCUUCGGAUGGUUCGACCCUAAGAGAGAAGAUGAGGACACGCCGGCGAAGGUCAGCGCCAGGUUGCAAGGACGGACUUCGUUUGUCACUCAUCGAGCCGUAAAUCCAGAUGAAAACAGGCUACCUGUCGUAUCCCAUUCCUCACCAUUUUUCAUCGGAGACAAAGGAGAAAAAGGUGACGGUACGGUGCUGGGUGUAUGCAGAUGCAGUUUAAACGACAUAUCCCAGAUUCUGGAAAUUAUGCCAGAACUGAGGGGUCCACCGGGAUCCCCUGGGCCUACAGGUGCCGACGGUACUACGGGUGCUCCAGGCAAAACGGGUCAAAUCGGUGAGCCAGGACCGCCUGGGCCUCCAGGGUCGAAAGGAGACCGGGGUGAAAGAGGGGAGGUCGGGUCACCAGGUACUGAAGGACAACCGGGGCCCAAAGGUGAUCCAGGAUUGGAUGGUUCAACGGGACCCCAGGGACCACCUGGCCCUCCGGGACCUCCUGGACCUCUGACAUCAGCACUCAUGGAAGCAACGGGAUUAUACGGGCCUAGUAAUCCAGGAAUCCCGGGUCCUCAAGGCGAACGAGGUCCGAUGGGUCUCCCGGGCCCGCAGGGGGAACGAGGCUAUCCCGGGAAUAAGGGAGAGAGGGGAUUACAAGGAUCCAAGGGCGACAAAGGCGAACGGGGGUACGUGGGCCCCAGAGGCCCCCACGGCGCUAAGGGAGAGCGGGGACAGACGGGCCGCGACGGCUCCCCAGGACUCCCCGGCGCGCACGGCCGCCCCGCAGAAAAAGGAGAAAAAGGUGCUCGGGGUCUACCUGGACCGCCAGGUCUACCGAUGCCUGUUGUAUCAGAGAAUUCGGUUUCGGGUGAUAUAACUCGCACUGAAUCAUCGCUACUGCAACUGCCUAAAAUCGAGCGAGGAGAAAGAGGGGAGAAGGGUGAAAAAGGAAGUAGAGGCAUGGAAGGUCCUCAAGGAUUUCCUGGUAAUGAUGGGAAGCCUGGGGAGAGAGGUGAUAUCGGUCCCUCAGGAUUGCCCGGGACUCAAGGGCCUCCUGGUCUGACAGGAUCUAAAGGCGAUAGGGGAGAACCUGGCCCGCCAGGUCCUGUUGCUAUAUCAAGAGAUGAAGCUUUGGUUAUGACAAAGGGUGAGAAAGGGGAGUCUGGGCCAAGGGGGAAACGGGGCCACCCCGGUCCACCCGGACCAAGAGGCCCGCCAGGUCUACCCGGCCCUCCCGGAACUCCUGGCACAAACGGGCCUUCCGGAGAUAUCGGUUUGCCCGGAUGGACGGGUCCUCCAGGAGCGGCGGGCCAGCAAGGUCCACCAGGCCAAAAAGGCGAAAAGGGCGAUUCUGGAAUCAACCCACACGAUCUAGAAAAGAUAAAAGGAGACAAAGGUGAACGAGGCUACGACGGUGCCCCUGGGCCACCGGGAAAAGAAGGUCCGAGAGGUCCCCCGGGAACCCCUGGAGCUCCUGCAACAAAUAUCCAGUAUAUCUCAGUGCCGGGCCCGCCGGGUCCUCCGGGGCCGCCUGGACCGCCGGCUAUAUUUGCAAAUGAAGUACCAGUGGACUCGCUGACUGAUACUCCGGGUCUAAAUCGCCGUGAACCAGGAGCAGGCAAACAGCGUGAUCCUCUACAAAUUCUCCGGAGCUUAAACCACCUGGUGCACUACCGUCAAGAUCCUUAUGGUUACCGCGAUCCUUUGGAUCCUUUGGGUGAAAAUUCAGACUUCGAAGACGAUGAGGACGGGAGAGCUAUCGUCGGUACAAUUUUGUUCAAGUCUACAGAUUCUUUGAUUCGGCUGGGUACAAACAGCCCGCUCGGCACACUGGCGUACGUCAUUCAAGAACAAGCGUUACUUGUUCGCGUAAACAACGGCUGGCAAUAUGUAGCGAUGGGUUCGCUGUUGGCGAUACACACGCCACCUGCCAACGGCCCGACACGAACACCGUUGCAAAAUAUUCUAGAAACUUCCAGCUUAGUACACCACAAGAAUCCUUCCGUCGAGGGACCGGUGCUACGCCUGGCUGCACUUAACGAACCACACACAGGAGAUAUGCAUGGAGUAAGCAGCACUAACUACGAAUGCAGGCGACAGGCACAAAGAGCCAAUUUGGACGGCACUUUCAGAGCCUUCAUAUCGUCUAGGGUACAAACAAUAGACUCUAUAGUCAGCUGGGUAGACAGAGAAAUCCCAGUGGUGAACAUAAGAGGUGACGUCCUCUUCAACUCCUGGGGAGAAAUGUUCGACGGAUCAGGCGCACUAUUCGCCCACGCGCCGAGGAUCUUCAGUUUCAGUGGACAGAAUGUCCUUACAGAUCCUGGCUGGCCGACAAAAGCCGUUUGGCAUGGAGCGAGUCCGAACGGAGAGCCAGCAAUGGACGCGUAUUGCGACGCGUGGCACAGCAGUAGUCCGGAUAAAUACGGGCUGGCGUCAUCGCUUCGCUCUAACAAACUUUUGGACCAAGAAACAUAUUCGUGCAGUAGUAAACUCAUAGUUUUAUGUGUGGAAGCAACACCAGUAGAUACAGUGAGAAGAAAAAAAAGAUCUAGGUAUCGCGCCACGGAAAAGCUGCAAUUUCUAAAAGAUCACGAAGGACGGAACGACACUAAACAAUUAUAGACAUUGAAUUCUAGUUAUUUUUUAAAUAGAUUUUAAGUGACGAAUGUGAAAGACUGUAAAUAAAUUGUAUGUAGGAUCAAUUUCGUAAAGCAAUGAUUCCGGUGGAACAUAUCGACAAUAUAAUAAUAAUAAAAAUACAUAAACGAUUCGUCUAACAAAGAUCACUAUCGAUUUGCUAUCAAGACUACAUUUUCAAACGGCUUUGCCAACAAAAGUGUUUCAAUGUAUAUACAUGUUUAUAAUAAUAUUCUUAUUAAUGAAGAAAUACUUAUGUCUUGCGACGUGGUGCCACAUGAGUGAUAUGUCUUGGCACGAAACAACAUGCAAGAUGAAUAUUUGUAAUUAAUAUUGAAUGAUAAUUCGGUGUACUAUUAAAGUCUUGUCGUAUUUAUUAAUUUUAAUUUACAUACGACCAGUAUAAAACUAUUUCAAUUUAUCUCGUUUACUUAAAAUUCCUUCUCUCAAGUUUGAAAUAUUGCUGACUGGUUAAACAUCUCUAGGGAGUUUCAACCGUCUGAAUAGUUGGAAAAAGCUCAUUAAAUGUUUCAGUUACAAUUAUCCAAGUAGUUUUGUAAAUAACAAGCUUUAAUAUCUAUGUUGUGGUAUAUUUAUGUAAAUAUUAAAAUUACUAACUUUCUUGAUAGUUUGUUACGUGUAAUUAAUAUAAACAAUUUUCGUAAUUAGUUUGUAUAAAUCAUGACGGAUCAUACUAUUUCGUAAAUUGUAUUUUAGUUUGUCAUAAAAUGUAACAUUUGCAAAAUGUUUAUGCAGAUUAUAAUUAUCAUCACUGAUGUUUUGCAUAUAUUCCGCUGAUUACCUUCGCGUUAUAAAAUAUGUAUACAAUAAUAAAUACUGUAUGUGGCUAAUCCUACGAUUGGCUAACAUGAACAUUAUGGAUCACUGCCGCGUGGCGUGGUGUGAGGAUAAUCUGUUUAGGUUAGAGCUAGUACAGACUCGGGAUAGAAGCUCUCAUAAAUAGAUUUCAGUGUAAAAUACGUUUCUUUUCAUCUUCGAAUACUUCAAAAUAUAAAUAAACGAAUAAAGUAUUAUAUACCUUAUUCGUUUUUAA